AUGGACGUCCUCAACAAACUUCGUAACACAGUCAGCAACACUAUCAGUAAUACCGUCCAGAAUACAGCUUACGGCUUGUCGCAGCUAUCCAGUGUUUUGCCCGGUAAUCCAGUCACCAGGGAGUUCGAGGCGACCGCUCACGUUGCGAGCGCUGGGCCAGGAUUACUGUGGAAGAUCUACAGUGGUUAUAAGAAGUCCACCAAGCAAGAAGCAGCAAUUUUUGUUUUUGAGAAGCGUAUGCUGGAAAAAUGGUCUGCCAGGGCGGAUCGAGAGCUUGUGUUGGAAACUCUGAAACGGGGCGUGAUGCAGUUGACAAAGCUGAGGCACCCGCAGGUUUUGAUUGUACAGCAUCCUCUGGAAGAGUCAAGGGACAGUUUGGCAUUUGCGACUGAGCCAGUGUUUGCUAGCCUGGCCAAUGUACUAGGUAAUUAUGAGAAUAUACCUCAACCGACUCCAGUAAACUUGAAAGAUUACAAGCUUCACGACAUAGAAAUACGCUAUGGAUUGUUGCAACUGGGAGAAGGCCUGGCAUUUUUACAUGGUGAUGUAAAACUGCUGCAUAGGAAUUUGUGUCCAGAAUCAAUUGUUAUCAAUGUUCAUGGAGCUUGGAAGAUAUUUGGUUUUGAUUUCUGUGCCUUAAAUCAAAAUGCAGAUAGUAAACAGCCAUCGUGGUCUUAUCUGGAAUAUGAUUCCACGAUUCCUGCGGUUGUGCAACCUCAAUUAAAUUACCAGGCUCCCGAAUGCAUAUUAGCGAGUAGUAAUGGACCAUCUAGCGAUAUUUUUGCUUUGGGUAUGCUAAUAUAUACGAUACAUUCCUCGGAGCAUCAACCGCUGCAGGCAUCCCAUAAUGAUUUAGGAAAAUGCCGACGUUUCUUGGAAAAUUUUAAGGGAUCUAAUAUCUCGGCAAAACUUCUUCCAAUUCCCGAGACUUUGAGAGAUACUGUAAAGCUUAUGCUGAGUCAUAAUCCGGAAUUGCGAUUAGAUGCUCAUCAGUUUAUUAAGAUUGAAUAUUUCACAGACAUUGGUGUUAAGACAUUAAAUUAUUUGGACAAAUUAUUCCAAUGGGAUAAUCUCCAAAAAUCACAAUUUUAUAAAGGUCUUCCACAGCUAUUGAAACAAUUGCCACAUAGAGUUGUGCUGCAUAGAGUAUUACCUGCUCUUUACAAAGAGUUAGUUAAUCCACCUAUGAUACCAUUUGUAUUGCCGAGUAUCUUGCAAGUAAUGGAAGUUACUGAAAUAGAGGAAUUCCGAGAACAUAUUCUACCUAAUCUAAAACCUGUUCUUGCUUUAGAAGAUCCGCCACAGAUUAGUCUAGUUCUUAUGCAACAAGUAAAUUUAUUAUUGAAACUGUGUCCUACGGACGUUAUUAAGACCGACAUAGUGCCUAUGUUACUGCGUGCAUUAGAAUCCGAAUGGGAGCAGCUUCAAGAACUUUGUUUAUCAGCAUUGCCGAGCAUAGUGACGAUGAUCGAGGGACCAGUCAUAAAAAAUGCCAUACUUCCGCGAAUGAAAAAGAUAUGUUUGUCGCCAGGAAAGAAAUCUACUAGUCUUGGAAUACGCGUUAAUUGUUUAUUGUGUCUCGCAAAAAUGUUGCCGAACUUUGAUCGCUGGCUGGUAUUCGAUCAGAUAUUACCAUUCCUCCAGGAGGUUCCUCAUUCUGGCGAACCAGCAAUUUUAAUGGCUAUUAUAGGUAUUUACAGGAUGCUGCUUACUCACAGUAAAUUGGGUAUGGGUAAAGAGAUACUGGCGACGAAAGUACUACCGUUUCUGUUGCCUCUCUGUAUAGAGCAAAAUCUUAGUAUGUCGCAAUAUGAGACACUUUCUACGUUAGUCGUCGAUAUGAUAAAUCGAGUAACCAGCGAGCAUCGAGAGGCAUUACGACAAUUGGAUGCGGUGCGCCGUGAGACGCAACAACUCGAUCAAGCGCUUUCUCAAGUGACAUCACCCACCUUUAUGCAAAGCAACAGUCUUAACGACAUUAAUUUGAUGCCUCAAGUUUCUUCUCCGAAUGCUAAUUCUAAAACUGUAAAUAUUGAAAAUGGAUUAACCAUCGAAGACAAGUUCAGGCUUAUUCAACAGCAAGAAACGCAUCAACGAUUGCAAUCUCAAUCUAUACUGACUCCUAAAGCUGUGCCGCAAUCUAUAAAAUCGCAGCCGAAGGAUUUGACCGCGACUUUGCUCAAAAAUAAUCUGGACGAACUAAAUUUGUCUAUGUCAAAAUCGACUAUGUCACAACCGGAUUACUCGGCUAUUAAAAAUACUGCGUAUAAAUUUAACGACAUUAAUCUAACGCAGUCACAAUUUUUAACAUCUCCGACACUUAAUUCGCAAACAAUGUUGAAUAGACCAAUGAAUUGGAAUUCCAAUGGAUUGAACAUGCCCAUGAAUUGGAACUCACCACAAUCUACUUUGAUGUGGAACUCUAUCACUCCCCAAAGUAAUGUAAAUUUUGCAACACAACCAGAGGUUAAAUCAAAUCUAAAUUUUUCUAUGCAACCCCUUAUGUCGCCCACUAAUGCGCAAACCAACGCAAACAAACCUAAUUCAUCCACGCAAGAUAUUAUGGAUUUGCUUAGUUAAUAGGUUUAAAUAUCUUUGAAUUUGGCGAUUGAAUGAGACAGCUGCAUUUUUAGAGAGCUAUAUAAAAGCGUUACAGUAAUUGUAAUAUAUAUUCUCUCGUUUAGUGUAAUUUUUGGCAGCAUUAUCGAAGAUGAAAGUCAUUAUCAUACAAUAAGGAAUUGUAAAAAGUAAUAAAUCAUCUUUUGUAUCAGCACUCAAGCAAUUAAAGAUUGCAGUAUUAGACCAAUAUUAAAUGAUAAUUUUAUUGCAUAUUUUAUAUUGAGGCUGUUUCGUGUAGAGUAAUAAUGUAGAUCUUAAGAAAUAUCUUUGAGAACAAAAAGUUAUUACAGGAGUCGAUUUAGCAUAAAACUAAUAUGCUUAUACGAUGUUCUCGAAAAUGAAACGCUUGUCUACAUAUUUUUUGUCUUCAGUUUUUAAGAUGUACGAUUGGACUUUAUGUGGUCUUGUAAAACUUGUCAUAUAUAUAUAUAUUCCGUCUACAUUUCUUAUUUUAAUAAUGUUAUUGAUAACUGGAAAAGUCUAUAUGUGUUAUAAUUCUUUUUUGAGCCCUUAAUUAGUUCUAAUGUAUACUUCCUGUUUUAAUAUUUAUGAAUCAUUAAAUAUAUUUAUGAAGAUGUUCGGAGUCGAGACAAAUAUUAGAAUAUACUUUCAGAUAAUAUUAAACCGUACGCUAAGUAUGAAACUAAUUAUAAGUUACUACAUACAUCGAAGGGUAGUAACUUUGAAUGUGAUAAUAAAGUGGGAGUCACAGUCUUUUAUACAAAAACGCAUGUUUUUAUCGUGAUUUAAUUUGCCAUACUUCCUCAUGCUUCGAUGUACAUAUAGCUUGCCCGUGGGAUAAGGAAAACCACAAUAUAAGAAUUAUUUAAUAAAGGUAUAGUGUGUACUCAUUCAAAUGAUCCAGGAUCGUGGACCGUUUCUAUUCCAUACUUCGUGAUUUGUAAACGGGUCGUAUGUAAACGGGUCGUACGUAUAUAUCAAUUUGUAAAUUAUAUUAAAUGACAUAAUUAUCUUCUGCUGAUAUCUACUUUUAUUGUAAAAUAACGUCAUACAAUCUCUGCAGAAAUACAGUUUAUUUUAUAAUAUAUUUUUCUGUAUGAUAUGAUCAAGCGUUGUAUAUGUUACAAAUGGUUGAAAUAAUAUAUCAAUUCAUGAUCAUAUCGGCACGGAAUGGUCGUGUUUCGCGUCGCAAUGAGCCGCUUGCAAGCCCGAGUAUUCGAAAUUUUGUGCAUUUGAAUUUACUGCGUAAAUCUGUACGUAAGUUACUACGUAAAUCUUUUCGCCUGUACAAUUGUUAUUUUGAAGCAAGUGUGUUUGUAUGAAGUUGCAAAAAGAAAAAAUAAAUUGUAUGUAAUUAUUUGUAAUAUUAUCCUGGAUCUGUUUGUUGUUUAUUUCAUUGGUGUGUACGAUUGUUAAUGUUUGCUGUUUGAGUCUAAUAAAACUGCUUUAAAUGUUACUGCUUAAAA